GUUAACAAUGCCGUAAGACCAGUUACAACCGCCAUGCCACAAAGUCGAAGCCGGGGGGCGCCCAACAUGCAUAGCUUGAAUAAGCAAGGAAGGCCUCAACAUGCCUGCAGUGAAUGUCAUGCGCGCAAACGUAAAUGCCACGCUUCCUGGGGAAGGUCGGCUUGCAAAAGAUGUCUACGGUUGAACAUCCCUUGCAGCCACCAAGCAUUCAUAGAAGCUCCUAUUCCAUCUGGUUCUGCUAUUGCUGAGAGGAAUACGGAGAUAUUUCCUAGUCAAGAGAUUUGCAAUCAGCUAGUCGAUCUUUAUUUUGACCUAAUCCACGACAAGGACCAUGCCUUGUUCCACCGACCCUCCUUUAUCACAGCCCAGCGUCAGGGUUUGGCGGAUAUGAUGCAUGUCUCUGCUAUGAUGGCACUUGGAGCUAGAUUCGCUUCGAACAUAUGGCCAGGAAACUCUGAGCGGUGGAGCAGAGGGAGGCUCUGGGCCAAUUACAGCAAACACCUUUUUGACAGUCGCAUAGAAGUAGUGUCACUGGCUGCUAUUCAAGCUUGCGUCUUACUCUCAACCAUUGCCUUUUGUGAGGGUGAAAUGGAAAUGGAGUCUCUAUAUGGCGCCCAGGCUAUCCGUAUGAUUCAACUGAAAGGCCGCCUGACUGAUUCAUUGCCAAGUAACCCUAUCCAGCGGGAAACGGCGAUUCGAGUAUGGUGGACCGUUUGGAUGUUGGAAAACUGGACGAAUGCCGGGGCGCGCAUACCGCGACAGCUUACCGUGGACCUUAAUUUUCCACUCCCCAUGGAGGAGCAUGCCUUUGAACAGCUUAGUCCUGAAAUGUUUGAUCCAACUAUGUACCCCGCCGAAUGUAGGGCCCAGUACGGUAUCUGGGCGCAGAUGAUCCCUCUGACAGAAGUCAUUGCACCCAUCAAUGAAAUGCACGAAAUGACGGUUAGGAAUAGACUCACCAACUUCGAAUUGUUUGAACACGUCGAGCGAAUUGCACACAAACUCGAUUCAUGGAAGCUACGUCUUCCAGAUGCCCUACAUGCUACACCAGACAACCUCAAAUCCUAUGCCAAAACUGGCCAUGCUCGAAGUCUAGCGGCUCUGCAUACUGGCUUCCAUCAUUUUAGUCAAUUGCUCUACUAUCAAUUCUUGCAACCAAGCAUCUCCAAAGCUGCGCAAAAUGAUGCGAAGAUAGUCAAAUAUGCGACACGGUGUCGUGAGCACGCUGCUGAACUCAGCAAUCUUCUGUGGCUUACGAAACAAACGCCGGAUUGCCAGUGUAUGUGGCCGAUGAUUGGUCACCUUCUUGCUAUUUCAUCGUCAAUACACCUUCAUACGCUCUUAUUUGACGAUGAUGAGUCCAAUAUCGCCAACGUGAAACAUAUGCUUAAGCAGAACUUCGAGAUGAUGAUUUCUCUGCGCCAGUACUGGCCCAGUAUUGACUUGUCCAUGUCCCGGCUGCGAAAUUUUCACCAAGCAUGCCAGCGGAGCAUGAACACAACCUUCAACAUGGACCAUUGGAUGCUACAGUUCCUACAGCGAUACACGAAACCUGUUGGGGAGAGAGAGACGCCAAUCUCUGUAGAAAUAGACGAUGCCUCUGCUAAUUGGCCGACAUGGCCGUUGACGAUAGUCGAUGGUCUCGGUAACGAUCUCGAUUGCGAUCCCUGGUACAACGAGUCCGAUCUUAGCGUUGGGUCGGACAUCUUGCAAAGCUUUCUUUGAGGAUGAUAAAUUUAGUAUAUUCAAUUCAAUCUUUGGCCUCAAUUCCAACGCUUUGCCUGCUUCCCAAUUAACCUUCCCACAGAUAUGAUUUUAGGUAAAUCCUAAAGUCGAUGUCUCCUCACAGGAAUUGGCUCUGUUUAUU